AUGGGCAUCUUCGAACCAUUCAGAGCAAUCGGAUACAUACCAAGCGGCGUGCCGUUCUCCAUCCAACGAUUAGGCAACGAAACCUCCGUUACGGUCAGUGUAGGAAAAGCUUUUCAAGUUUACAACUGCGGCAAGCUCACUCUAGUCCUCUUCAGCCCUCAAUUACAUCACAAAAUCCAUGCUUUAGCUUCCUAUCUUGACUUCACCUCCGUAGUCUACGCAGCCGACAUAUGCGUCUUCAAACGCGCUCACCAGUUGGCGACGUGGAGCAGGCAUAGUGGGAAGGUGAAUUCGUUGAUGGUAUUUAGGGAUCAUGCGAUAAGUGUAGAUGUUGAUGGUAAUUUGUUAAUUUUGGGAUUUAAAGGGGUUGAAGAGAAUUAUGCGCCAGUUGGGCAUAUUAUGAUGGGCGAUAAGUUUACCCCGACUUGUAUGAUGCAUUUGGAUACUUAUUUGAAUAAGGUUUUGAUUGGGAGUCAAGAGGGUGGUUUGCAGCUUUGGAAUGUUAGUACGAUGAAGAUGUUGUUUGAGGUUAAAGGGUGGGAUUUGUCGGUGACUAGUUGUGUCUCAUCACCUGCGUUGGAUGUUGUUACCGUUGGUUGUGCUGAUGGGAAGAUUCGUGUAUAUAAUACUCGGUAUGAUGAAGAGGUGGUUACAUUUACGCAUUCCAUGCCAGGUGCUGUGAUUGCAUUGUCAUUCGGUACAGAUGGACAGCCACUUUUAGCAUCAGGAGGUUCAUCUGGCGUUAUAAGCAUUUGGAAUCUGGAGAAACGAAAACUACAAUCAGUUGUAAGAGAGGCUCAUGAUAGUUCGAUAAUUGCAUUGCACUUUUCUGCUAAUGAGCCUGCACUGAUGAGUUCGUCAGCAGACAACUCUAUUAAAUCUGAUUAUGUGGAUUGUAAAAGAGGAGGCUGUUAUAAUUCGUUCUUAGUUUUGCCAUAUGCUUCAGCCUUUCUCAAGUAG